CACUGGGCGUGGCGGCCAUUUUGUUUUGGACACCGAGCGGGAGUUGGCGGCAGCGGCUGUGGUUGCUUAGACGAAAGGCAGGAAAGGGCAGGCCGGGCGAGCAGGCGGACCGACCUACCGACCGGACAGACAGCCAACAACGGCGAACUAACCUAGAUAGUCUACCACAUACACACGUAGCCAGCCGCCCAAGUUAACCCGAGCCCCUCCACCGUGAACUCAGGUUCGGCCGGCCCCCGGCCCGCCUGCCACAGCCGUGGUGGCAGCCCCGGCAGGAGCACUGGCGUCCGUUUCCUUUGGUGGGUGUGUGCGAUUCUCGGGAUUUGAAGAUGGCUGCACAGUCAACACCGAAAGUUGUGCUAAAAAGCACCACCAAGAUGUCUCUAAAUGAGCGCUUUACUAAUAUGCUGAAGAACAAACAGCCGAUGCCAGUGAAUAUUCGGGCCUCGAUGCAACAGCAGCAGCUAGCCAGUGCCAGAAACAGAAGACUGGCCCAGCAGAUGGAGAACAGACCCUCUGUCCAGGCAGCAUUAAAGCUCAAGCAGACCUUAUAUGCAAGUCCGGACAGUGGCUGUGGAAGGAUAUGUCCAAGCUGUGGCUGGGCGUCUGAAGGGCGGUGCUAUGCAACUAAGAGCUUAAAGCAGCGCCUGGGUAAGAGUAACAUCCAGGCACGGUUAGGCCGACCCAUAGGGACCCUGGCCAGGGGAGCAAUCGGAGGACGAGGCCUGCCCAUAAUCCAGAGAGGCUUGCCCAGAGGAGGACUACGUGGGGGACGUGCCACAAGAACCCUGCUUAGGGGUGGGAUGUCGCUCCGAGGUCAAAACCUGCUCCGAGGUGGACGAGCCGUAGCUCCCCGAAUGGGCUUAAGAAGAGGUGGUGUUCGAGGUCGUGGAGGUCCUGGGAGAGGGGGCCUAGGGCGUGGAGCUAUGGGUCGUGGCGGAAUCGGUGGUAGAGGUCGGGGUAUGAUAGGUCGGGGAAGAGGGGGCUUUGGAGGCCGAGGCCGUGGACGAGGGAGAGGGAGAGGCGCCCUUGCUCGCCCCGUGCUGACCAAGGAACAGCUGGACAACCAGUUGGAUGCAUACAUGUCGAAAACAAAAGGACACCUGGAUGCUGAGUUGGAUGCCUACAUGGCACAGACAGAUCCCGAAACCAAUGACUGAAACCUGCCCGCCCUCCUGUGAGAGAGUCUUGUUAAAAGUCCCCACAUCUGUACAUAACCUCGAGAUAACACCUGAGCAGAAACCUGAGGGAUGCUGGAAGGACCUGUCACAAUAGGCUGUGGACUGACUUGCCACCAGUUGUGUAUUUAGUGUGUUCCGUUUUCUUUUUUGAUACUGUGUUGUGUUGAAGCCCUUUUUUUUUUUUCCUCUGACUUGGGUUUUGUUUUGUUUGGAUUUUUUCCCAUUGCCCAGACUUAUCUUAGAAUGUGAAAUGGGCUAGCCUUGUGGCUAGGACACCCUCUUCUCACCUCUGCCUCCCUUCACCUAUCACGCUCUGACAUUCUAACAUUGCCUCUGUUGAUCUCUGUAUCCCAAUGAAAAAGUCUCAGAAAGCCCAUUGAUGUUCAUCCCUAAGGCCUGGGUGUCUGACGUACAGUUCUGUUCUGCAUCAUCUUAAACAGCCUCUUAGAAGUAUUUAGAAAAUCUGGAGCUCAAAGUGCAUUCUGCCACAUUGAUAUUUUAGUGUAGUAAAUUAGGAACACUGACAUGCUACAGGGCACAUACCAGGUUACAUGUGGUAGCAGCUCUGAUGUGAUUAGCUAAUUGAAGUUAACUGCCAUGUACAUCGACACCACAUAACCAGUGCUGAGUAGGGUGUGUACACUUUCCACCUUGGGAUGAGGUGCAUAAACUUCCCUCUUGGCUUUGCGUCAUGUCCAGGUUACUGUUGAUUGGCUUACACCUGCAAGAGAGGAAACAGCCAUUUGGUUUGGUCGAAGCUUCAGGAGGGAAAGGGGUAUGUGGGAGGGGGGGUGACAAAUACCUGCUGGGAGGGCUCAGGAGAUAACCGUGCUGAAAUGCUGUUAUUAUUCUGUUUAUCCCAAACCAAUCUUGGGCUUCAUUCUUUGGCUUUGUUUGACCUCUUUUAUUUCCCUUGAACGUUUAAUUAAAUUCAACCAUAUUCUGUCACCUGUCCAGUUUCAGUGGAAUCUUGCAUUCCUGGUUCAUUGUAACAAAUUGUUCUCUCAGAUCCAGCCAGCAAGUUUCUCUUUAUUUGUCGGGCUUUUCAAAAUGGUAUGGCCAGUAUCACAGUAUCUUGAUACACCCCUUAUAGAAUCAAGAGUUACUUUCUUCAUAGUUGUAUUGAAACUGUGCAGGGGAAUAUGGCUUUGGGGCAGAAAGUGAAGAAUUUGCCCUCCUUUGAGUAAACCCUGCAUAAUGAUUAUUAACCACACAAAGUAAUGUACCAACCCAUUUGGCCCAUAGGAAACUCAAAACAUACUGGUCUUAGGCAAUAAUCUGGACCCUGGUACUGGUUUCCCUUUAUUCUUGUGUUGUUUAAAGGUAAAGAACUUAACUCCAACCAAACCAGUUACCAUUGAGUUACCUGGCACCCUCAACCACUGGGAGGUGGUGUGUAUUAUGGGUGGGAAGGAAAUUUUGGUCAGGACCUCCUGAACUUGAGUCCUAUCCAUAUGAUCUGGGCUACCUCACUUCUGGGUCGUGAAGCAGUGGUUCUGUAGAAGGUGCAGAAGACCAUGUGGAGUUCAGAGAAUGGGACCAUGAUGAACCUGCUUUCUGAGUGUGUAAUUACUUCCUCUUCCUGAGAAUGGACUGAGGCUGGAGGUCUUUGGCUCAGACAGGUGUUGUAAACUAACUGGAAAGGGCAAAAAACUAUUUUUGUUUAAUCAAGACCAGUUGAAGGUAGAGCUCAGACUCAGAUAAGCCCCCAAAGCUGCUGUGAGGGAGGUGCUGAUGGGCAGGGCAUGGGCCAACAUCCCCUGGCUCCAGCCUGCACAGAAUGCUGGCAUGCUUUGGAGGGCAGGAGAAGGGGAUAUUGUAAAGCAAGACAGGACCAGCCCUGAGGGUGGAGACUUGAGGCCCAGGACAGCUCUGGGAUCUGUGAUGGUGGUGGUGGCCCUCUCACUGACAUCUUAGGCUGCAGGGGAGGCAGGCUUUAGGCCUGAAGCAGCUAAGGCCUGUAAAGAAAGACCCAACAUAGUGUCACUUCUGCUAGGCCAAGUCAAACCCGAACUGAAUACCUAAGUAGUUUCAACCUCCCCCAGAGAUGCAGUCACUCAGGAUACAUUUUAGUUAGCAUCAAUAAGAUAAAGGUCACAUGUGUCCUCUCCAUCCCCCAAAGGAAUCCACCUAAUAAGACCAUCCUGUCCCCAGACGAAGGUGACUUCAUCCAAAGCAGUCCUCUUUCUGUUUGUUACUCUCAUCCUGCAUUUAAAAACCUCUCUGUAUCCCUUUGGAGCAUCUCUCGACUUGCUAGAGGGGUGCUGCCCAAUUUAUGGAUACUUAAUAAUAAAGCUAAUUAAGUCUUAAAAUUUA